AUGCACUGAGUGCAAAGCGACAAGACGCGCUGCAUACCGACAGAGAAGGAGAGUAGGCUAAUUACAGGACGAAUCUUCUACAACCGAACGUAGUAUAUAUUAGUUUUCAUUAUUCUGUACAAUAUUUCCAGAAAAUAUUUGACUCCUUUCCUUCGCGUCCAGAUGCGCAUUUGAGCAAUUUUUCUACCCAAAGCAUUGAAAACAACAUUUAUUCUGUGAUUGGAAUAACUUAUAUUUUGCUCCAGGAUUUUCUUUUAUUUGGCAUUCACUGUACGUUUACCAGAACAACAACAACAACAAGAAGAACGGCAUCGUUGGCAACCUAAGGGGAAUCAUCAACGAGAAAAGUCCAGGGACUCAUGUUUUUGUUCUGUAACCUGUAAAAGCGUUCGGUUAUUAUUGUUGUUGGACAUAAAUAAUAAAACAGAUCAGAUCGAUCUUUAGUAUAUAUAUUUUUCUCCGUAGCCCAUUCUACUACUAAAACAAGAAAGAAAAAUCUACCCCAAAACUCCUAACAUGGGCUGUCCCGUCUUGUGGAACGUGUUCGUUGGUUUACUACUCGUUUUUCUGUCGAAAGGGCGAAGUGUGCACGGAGUCGAGUCCGGCCACCUGCCCGACAACAUUACAGUCCUGGAAGGAGAUAGUGUCAUUCUGAGGUGUAAGAUUGACGAGGAAGUGACCCACAAGGCUUGGUUGAACCGCUCCAACAUCCUGUUUGCGGGGACGGACAAGUGGUCGCUGGACAGACGGGUGUCCCUGAUCAACAGUAAUGCUAGCGACUUCUCCAUCCAGAUUGAAAAGGUGGAGGUGGCUGACGAGGGGCUGUACACCUGCAGCUUCCAGGCCAGCAACAAGCCCCGCAUAGCCCACGUCUACCUCAUCAUCCAGGUCCCAGCCAGGAUUGUCAACAUCUCCCAAGACGUGUCAGUGAACGAGGGUGGCAACGUCAACCUCUUUUGCUUGGCGGUGGGACGGCCCGAACCCACCGUCACCUGGAAGGACAACAAAUACGGCCUUAUGAGCGAAGGGGAGUUCCUGGACAUCACAGAGAUCAAGCGGCAUCAGGCGGAAGAGUUUGAGUGUGUCACCAACAAUGGAGUGGCCCAGCCUGACAUCCGGAAGGUCAAAGUCGUCGUCAACUACCCUCCCAUGAUCACAGAUGUGAAGAACAUGCCAGCCCACCUGGGCAAGACAGCCAUUUUGCGCUGUGAGGCCAUGGCAGUCCCUACGGCCUCCUUCGAGUGGUACAGAGACGACCGCAGGCCGGUAGAAAGUGAUAACACUCUGAGGAUCAAGAAUGAGAAGACACGUUCGCUGCUUCUCUUCACCAACGUGACAGAUAAACACUUUGGCAACUACACCUGCUUCGCCUUCAAUAGACUGGGAUCCUCCAAUGCCAGCAUGCUGCUCUUCCGGCCAGGGGCUGUAAUUGGGCGAGGCGUGGCCCUGAACGCGGGGGUGAGUGCUGGCAUCGUCUUCUGGCUCUGCCUCUCUCUCUCUCUCCUAAUGAAGGUCUAAGAGCUUUUUCCCAGAAGUCUUGUCCCGUCUGCAAAAGGAGGAAGGAAUUUCUUUAAUUACGAACCCAUCACUGUGAACACAAAGAAUAUGCAUUAUUCCAGGAGCCAUUGACGCAUCGCAUCGCCCACACCCGUUCACCUCUCUUCCUUACACUGCUACGCCUCCUAUAGGCCGUCUUUAAUGCAUCUAUACCUCCACCACCAUCAAACUGUUCUCUUUCUUCUCCCUCUUUCCCCGAGGGUCACCAUGGUGAUGUCUGUAAUGUGUAUAAUAAGAAUGAUAAUUGUGAUAAUGACUGUAAUUGAGAGAACAGAUUUUUAACACCAGUAUGACGCUAUUAUAAAUCUAAUCGAUGACUGAUCAACACUACUGUUGGUCUCUUGGAAAUUACUGUUAACUCAACACAACUAUUUGCAGCUGGAAAGUCUGUAUAAAAACAACUGUUGGUUAUGAUGAUGAAGAUGAUGCGGGUCAGGUGACCUUGAUGAAAGCUGUCCAUUGGCCAUUUGGCCCUGUGACAUUUGACCAUGUGAUGAUACGAGUACAGUGUAAUUACAGUUAAUAACCGUGUGGCAGUGAAUCUGAUGCGGCUGCUACGGAUGAUGUCAAAACCCACGGUGGAUGUUGGGGGCUCUAUAUAGUGUUUGCCCUUCUAGCACAAUCUAUGGAAUCCAAACCGAGACUAAGCAUGUGAAAAGACGCCCGCCCAACGCCCCGUCCACCCGUUACCCCCACCCUCCAUUGCUAAGGUGGUCUGUGCUCUUCCCUGUGUAAAUAUGAUGCAGUACAAAGACCAUGCCGUGACUAGAGGCAAUCUGUUUAGCAAAACAACAUUACCCAUCAGCCUCUAUUGCAGUCUUCAUAAACAGGAAGGGACUGAACAAAUAACAAUGGUGUCUCCUGCUUUGAAGUCCGUUGGCCAAUCAUCCUCCUUCCUUGUCGCUUGUUGAUAGCAUGUACCGGUUAGAAAUGUUCCUGUCGUGAAAACCAUCAACACCUGCCGUGUCCGUUUUACUGCAAGGUUGAACUGCUAAUACUUUUUUGGUGUUGAUAGUAAUACUGAUGAUGAUGUUAAUAAGUAUUUCAAUAAAUAUGAUAUUAAUUCCAUUUGAAAAAAAAGAACACAGGCUACUCCAGAGUUGAUGACAAGCCAAGUCCGCAAAAAAAAAUAUUUUGUACUCAAUCGCUCUGAGAAAUCAUACUCAUUGAACAAUGAUGACAAAAGGUCAAGUCAAAAAGUGAUGUGCUCUAUUUUGCCAUGCCAAGCUUUUUAACAACACUGCAAAGUCGAUAGCAAGGGAGACUUUUCAUUCAAAAGAGUCCACAGUUAAUGGAAUGUAAUAUCAUUUGUAAAAAUGUGUGUAUUUUAACCUUUUUGUCAUGCUAUUAGCUGUAUAAUACAUAUAACACCGCAUUACAAAUAUUCCACAAAUAUACCCUGCAUUCAUAAUGUUUCACUCUAUCUGACUGAGUCAGAUAAAUGACCUGAACUGUAUGUGUAAGAAGCAGCGUCCCCGUAAGUCAGUCAGGGUCUGUACUGCAGGGCGUGAGCCACAGAAGAUAAAGACGUUAUUAGCCGUUACCUGUGGCUGGCUAAGCAAUAGGACCUACUCUCCCCGCCUUCCCCUGUGUCCUUCCCGCCGGGCCAAGGACGGGCCCCAUUAAUCACUUUCAAUCGUGGCCCUGACAGGAUCCCCCUCAAGGACACCCUCGUCCCUGUAAAGCAGGCAUGCCACGUCCUCGCAACCCACCGUGUGUGGGCCCUGAUUGAAACCCCUAGGGCUCAAUUAUCCAGCCACUUCAUAGCACAGAUCAGCCACAGUGAGGUGUACUGCAAUGCAGCGAUGCCAUUGACACACCUUGUCCAACCGCCCGAUCGCUGUCUCUGUCACGUGCUGCUGGGUCUGUGUGUCUUAUGCAAAAUUCCCAACAGACAACCUGCCUUCCUAAAGAGAAGCCACUAGCUGACUAGCCACAAUUCUGGCGACCUUUAGGAAAUACAAAAAGUCGUUAUUCUGCAAAUCGCGUACGCUUUUUCUCCCCCCUUUGAUUUAGCCUAAACAGGUCACUAACAAUCUAUAAGAGAAUUCAGCAUUCACUGUGGUAAUACUGUACAGUAUCCUAGUGACUGAAGUGAUGUAAGGUUAAGUGUGAAUGUCCAUUUUAUCAGGAUGCAAGUCCACAAAUGAUGUUGGUCUCAUUCAGUAGAGUGAGAUGUUUUCGUCCACCUCUGUUGAAACCCAUUGCCCUACACAUUUAGUUAAUCAUUGGGUUCUCUGGAAAAAGCCACAAACAGGACACGUUUUGUUCAUUUAGCUAUGGUCAUACUCACAGGACAAUGAUGGGUUUUUCGAUUUUCAAGCACAAGAGCAGGUUGUUAUGGUCAGUGCUUCUGUUUUUCUUUCUUAAUCACUCUUGAUCUUUAUCUGACACUUUCGUUCUGUUUGUCUUCUCUCGUUCAUCUCUUGUGGACAGAUUCAAACCUAAACCUUACUGUUGAUCUGUCAUGUAACAACAGUUUGUGUGAGAUAAAGAGCAGGGUUGUUCUGGUGCUUUGGAUGAAUCACAGUUUUGCAGGUGUUGGCAUCUUUGAAUUUCCUUAAGGGGAGAGGAAAUUGGGCCCGUUGAAUAACCCAUAGUAAGUUGCAAAGAGAGAGGGGUGGACCUCUUUCUGUCUGUUUUUAUUCCCUUAAGGAUGCAUUCCAGGAUUUCUGGCGACUGGUUGUUAAAUUGGUGCUGUGGAGACAAAACCGUUCCCUAGAAAUGGUGUACUAUGUCACAUACAGUAUGUGAUGAUAUGUGCCCCAUGUUAUUAAACCAUUUGCUUUCAAACUAAGAAUAGCAUAUUUAACUGAGGUAUUAUGUGUACUUGUAGAGUAUGCACGUAUAAAAAAAAACAUAUUUUACAUCCUGCCCAAAAUGGGAGGUUUAAAAACAAUAGCUUGUUAUGAAAAAAAGCGGAAUGCAUCUUUAACACUUAUGGACCCAGAACUUAAUCGAGCGUCUGACCAAUUAGGUGAUACUUUUGUUCUGGGUUAAGCAAGAUUACUGUUUCACAUACUCUUUUCAAUGUCCGCAACCAGUUCCCUUUGUCAGUGGCAUUAUCAUCUGUAUGUACUUAUUCUGUCCUUAAAAAAAAAGAAAAAAGAAAUUAGCAAAAAAUAAGGAAAACAUACUGUCAUGUUUCUCAAUGUGGGUUUGAAAAAAAAAAAAAAAAAGCACGUAAAUGUUCGUUAUGGGUGGAUUUUGAAGAAAUAUCUGUAUAUUGUCUUUGGGUUUUUGGGGUAAAGGAAAGGCUGGGGGAUAUGUUUUUACAUCCGUGGAGUGGGUGAUGACGUGGAGGAUGGUGGACAUUUGUAAUAACCUCAAUUGAGUUUGAGCGUCUCCAUGAGUUCUCCAUGAAUUGCAUCAGACUGGAUGGUGCAGAGGCAGAGGACUGGAAAUAAGGGAAGGAAGGAGGCGGUGAAUAAACCUCAUGGGUGGGAGUGCGAGGACUUGUUUGAAAGCACCCUGUACAUACACAGUGGGAGGAAAAAGCCCAGACUUGUCCAGACAGAGCUCUGAGCCAGAGGGAGAUGGGAUGACUCUGACCAGACAGUAAACUCUCCAUUGAGGAGAACAAUAAAAAAAAAAAAAAAAAAAUAA